GUAGGGGUGAUCUCUCCCCUUAUAUUGGUUGAGUCCAGAUAUUGACACUGUGUGGUGAUGGAAGGCUGGUGGGGUGAGCCCCCUAUGAUGGUUGAGUCUGGUCAUGAACUAUGAGAGCGCCUGUGCACCCCCUUUUUUCUUCUCCAUGAUGGUUGCGCCCUGUCAGUGAUCCCACCCCCGCCGCAUUCAUUAGGCCCAAGUGCCAGCCGGCAGCGUUAUGAGUGCGGUGCGUCUGCUGCUGAGCCGGUUGGGUGGCAUGGAGCGGGCCGUGGUCCGGGCUCUGCCCUCCGAGCCCAAGCUGAGCAUCUCGUUGGAGUUGGCCGGCAGCCUCCGCCACCUGCAGCGGGAGCAGAGUGAGCCUCUGGGCCGGGCCCUCGCUCGCAUUGCCGCCAGCGCCACCCGGGCCCCUAGCAAGAAGAUCCGGCGACAGCAGCAGCCAGAUCCUCCUCCCUGUGUCCGCCUCACCUACCGCGGCCUGGCCGUGUCCGAUGAGGCCCUGAACGGCGAGGCGUGGCGGGACGGCGCGGUGCUGGAGGUGGGGGAAGCCCGUUACUUGGUGCAAAGGAACCCACCAAGCUGCCUCCAGCUGGAGCUGCCCAGCCGCCUGUUAGCCGGCUUUCCGCUCUGCCCCGCGGUGCGCCUCGAGUUCGCCCGGCCCGAGCUCUGCCGCUUCGUCUGGUACCGUGAAGUAUUGGGGAUGCCCGGGGUCGAGGAGCCGGGUCAGCCCCAGGCACCAGCGGAUCCCUACGAGGAUCAGGCCCCUGUAGAAGCAGGAGACUGUCCCGAACCUCCUGCGGGUGCUGGGUGGGAGGAGGCCGGCCGAGGGCAGCUCUUCACCCCCAGUGCCUCGGAUGUCGGGCUCCGGCUGAAGCUGCGCUGCACCCCAGGGGACGGGCAGCGGUUCGGGCCGAGCCGGGAGCUGGAGGCAGGGAGUCCGGUGGAGGCCGGUCCGGGGAGCUGCACGUUCGAGCGGCGGCACACAUUCACGCAGCACGAGACCCGGGACCCCGUCCUCCGCACCGCCAGCUAUAACGUGCUGGCCGACGUGUACGCGCAGAGCCCCACCGGCCGCACCGUGCUCUUCGCUUACUGCCCCGCGCACGCCCUGGAGCGGGACUACCGGCAGAGCCUGCUGCGGAGGGAGCUGGCAGGGUACCGGGCUGACGUUAUCUGCCUGCAGGAGGUGGACGGCUCCGUGUACCAGGAGAGCCUGGGGCCAGCGCUGGCAGCCGGCGGCAUGGACGGCGUGUACCGGGGCAAGGAGCGGCAGCGCGAGGGUCUGGCCACUUUCUUCCGCCGCAGCCGAUUCAGUCUGGUCGGCCAACAUGACAUCCGACUCAGCCAGGCCCUGCUCGAGGACCCGCUGCAUGCGGAGCUGCUGGCCAAGCUCCAACCGUACCCGGAUGCCAGGGACAGUGUAGUGCAGAGGUCAACGGCCCUGCAGGUUUCCGUCUUGCAGUCGAGGUCCGAUCCUUCCCAAAAAAUAUGCGUCGCGAACACGCACCUCUACUUCCACCCCAAAGGCGGGAAUAUCCGGCUCGUUCAGAUAGCCGUUGCUCUGGCCCACAUCCGCCGCGUGGCGUACGAGCUCUAUCCCGGCAUUCCCAUCAUCUUCUGCGGGGAUUUUAACAGCACCCCCACCAUGGGUAUGUAUAGCUUCGUCAAAAACGGGACCAUCGACGAGAGCCACGAAGACUGGACCUCGAACGGGGAGGAAGAACGCUGCAACAUGUCGCUGUCCCACCCGCUCAAGUUGGAGAGCGCGUGCGGGGAACCCGAGUAUACGAACUACGUGGUGGGCUUCAACGGCUGCCUGGACUAUAUAUUCAUCGAUGCACAGAGAGUGGAGGUGGAGCGUGUGAUUCCGCUGCCCACCCAUGAAGAGGUUACGCGGCACCGGGCCUUACCCAGCGUCUCCCACCCCUCGGACCACCUCGCGCUCGUCUGCGACCUGAGACUCAAACAGAUUCCCUGAUCUGCGGGUCGCUGGUCGAAGUGCCAAUGACGUUACUGGGUUUACACAGGUGUUGCCAUGGAAACCAGAAGUGCUCAGCUGCUGUUUUUAUUAUAUUUUGGGUGAAUAUCAGGUGAUUUUAGGAAUGUUGUAACUGUUUUAGAACUUGUAGGUGUCUGAGAAGGACAUCAACGGAGCUUUAAACGGGUCCAAAGAUUAUAAUAAAACAAUAAAUGAGUCCA